AUGAGUGCAUUGGAUUCAUCGUGGCUGUUUGCGUUCCAGAAACCCGAGAUUCCCGAAGCACCUGUCUCUUCGGCUUCAACUUCUCCAUCGCCCACCGAGAGUUCAGGGCCUUCGGUUGAUGAUUUGGGCCCGAAGCCGGCCAAGAGAAGGCGCAAACCGGAUCGUGAGUUGAUGAUAGAUGAUAUUAAUGUACGAUAUUGUAGCUAAAGAUGUGAUCCGAUUGAUUAGCGAGCCUCAAGCACCUGUUGAAGUCACCGAACCACCCGUUUUGGAUGCCAUUAAAGAGGAUCGUGAAUACUCUCCAGAAUCCGGCUUUAAUGAAGCCAAAUCCAAAGCCAAAGCAGAUGAAUCCGUUCUGAGUCAGAUGUCUCAGGGAAUCAAGGAGUUCAACGAGUCCGUGACCGAGCUUCACGGUCGUCCUGAGACUUCAAUGUCACCCUCAAACUUGUCUUUCAACCUGCCCAGUGGAAUUCCGUAUGGGACUGCGAUCAGAGCGAUUGGUAAGUAGUGCAUUUAAGACUCUUAUUCGUCUAUUUCAACGUUUAUUGAUAUUUUUGUCAUCAAUUCACACCUCAUUUCUACCCUGGUUAUAUUGUUCUCGCUCUUUCCAGAGAACGGCAAACUGACCUGCCCCACGCCGGGCUGCGACGGUUCGGGCCACCAAACCGGCCUUUACACCCACCACCGAAGUCUGAGCGGAUGUCCCCGGAGGCCGAACAAGAACACAAUCCAGAGUAAGUUUACUUUUGUUUAUUGGGCCCGCACUUCGCGAGAUUGGGACAAAAGUUGAAUUAAAGCGCGCCUUAAGUGCCGGAUAAAAUUGCAUGCCGUUUCGGGGGUGAAAGUUAAGUCAAUUUACGGCCAGAAACUUGGCCUUGAGGGAAUUGGGGACGCAAGAGUUACUGUAACUUCUCUUUCAAUCUUUUCUUCAAACUUUGUCUAGUGUAAUAGAGAAGUGGCGCAUUUUCAUGUUUCUGCCCUGAAAAUAGCUCUUAGAUCCGCGAACAGGCCCAUCGCGAAGCACUUGUCCAUCCUCCAAAUUACUCGUUAAUCCCGCUUUUACGGUACUUCAUUGUCUAAUUCACUAAAGUUUUCGGGCGCGCAGGUGCCGUUCGGGGUCUUAGUUUCAUGUCCAAAAAAGUCUAAUGUGUUUCCGGUGGGGCCGAUGGAUUAACGGCGCAAGCGAGAGGGCGAGUUUUUUUACAGUCUCGCGACCAUCUGCUUGUAAUCAAGCCCAGGUGAAGUCGGCAGGCAUCGAAUGACGGCCCACAAAUUAAGGUGGGUAAUUUCAGAUGGCGGCCUUCCGGUCCGACAAAUAUUGAGCAUGAGUCCGGGGUGUUUGGCCGCGAAGAUGGUCAAACAUUUGGCAUGUAAUGUGGCCAAACAUUUCGCUGUUGACUUUAUGAUUUACGGCCGAAGAUGGCCAGGUACCAUCUUCGGCCGCUAAAAGCCGGUAAUCGGAUCUGCCAAAAGUCGGCGUUCUUAAGUUACACCGUGCUGUUUUCACACACAACUUGGCCUCCGAAACCGUCCCCGGAGUGGGGCCGAGGGCGAGGAAAUCGCGGCUUCCGAGUGCACCGUGCAAUGAAUCAGCGAUCGUUUGAAUGCACGAUGAGGGGGGUCCUGGGUGUGUCACAUGCAGAACAAUCGACAAAGAGGCAAUUGAUUGGGUCGGGCGAGCAGAGCCCAAAGACAGGACCGCGGUCUGGGACAGAGAAGGGAGUGGUGGGGGCCAGACAACUUGAUCCCAUUAGGACACAUUAAAGGGGAGAACAAACUAAACAAAGUUUGGACAUUACUGUAGACCGGAGUUAUAUUUAGAUUACAUCAAAAUUCAGAACAAUCACAACAAGUUCAUGAAUAACGAAUUUCACAAUUUUAAACCGGCCCCUACGGCUAUGGAAUGAAAUGAGCCAUCAAAUUUUGAAUACAGUAGAAAGUUUUUUAACUUUACUUUUUAUUGACAUGUCAUCCAGUCUAAGAUCUUCUGACAGGUUUAAUUAAAACUUGGAGAGGCCACAAGUUCUGACGAGCCUUAAUUUGCAUGUGAUUAUAAUUCCCAGAAGAUGGUUGCGUGAGAAGUCCAACUUCUCGCCUCUUCGAGCAUAGAAUAAUACCAAAUUUACUGCAAUAUGAACUUCCUUUCACCCUCUAAUAAUAAUAAUUCUUCCGAAUCCCGCACUUCUCGCUAAAUGCAAUUAAGAAAAGUCCGGCCAAGUAUUCGAAUAAGAUUUUGUUUCAAUAAGAAGGGCCACAGAUGUGCGCAAAUUCCAUAAUAAGUUCCGUUAUACGAUAACUUGGCCGGCACCGUACUUUUCUUUUGUUCGAAAUAGAAUUCUCAUUAAAAACGGGAAUUUUUAUGAAAAAAUUUUCGAAAUUCAUUUUUCGAGGGAAAACUGGAGGUCCAAUGUAGGAUAAAGAAGAUGGGAAAUUUGUGGGACUAGUAAGACUAUGUAGACAAUAAGUUUUUGUGAUGACUUAAGACUAGUUUAGGAUCAUUUUAACUUGUUUUUUGGGCUCUAAAAAAAUCUGUUGUUCAAGAUAUUGUACUGGCUCUCGGCUUGACCUCGGCUUUUCUCAAUCUCCCUCAAUCUUUGGCCACAUUCAUGGGCCACCGAAAUUGGUGGUUCGACCUUCCUGUCCGGCUGUUUUUAUAAAUGAGUGGAGCCGUUGUUUGAGUUUGGCGCGCGAAAAAAUAAAUAUGGGAUGGAGAAGGAAAACGGGGCAAGGAAAUUGAGAGGUUCAGGCUGGAUAUCCGUCAAGUUUGGCAGGGAUGUCUUUCUUUGUGCUGUCAUGGCUGACUGAGUUGCGUAACGGUGUGCGGGGCUGGGGUAAUCGGGGGGCGACGGGCGGUUUGAGGUCAAUUUGCAGGGGAAGUUCGGGUUACAGUAAUUGGGAGCGGUUUUUUGGGUCUUUAGCUUGAUUUUGAGCGUGUAAAUGGACAAAAACAGUCUCAAAACGUAGAAGGGGCAUUUAGGACAAAAAUGGAUUAUUAACAAAAAUUCGGAAAAUUGCCAGAGGCAAUCUAGGCUCAAAUUAAUUUUCAAAAUGAAAAAUGAUCCCCCAAAAAAUUUUUGCCCUUUUCGACUGGUAGAACGGACUUUUCGAGCGUAAAUUUAUUUUUUAAAUACGGAUUACUAGCUUCAACCCUACUUAAAAUUCAAAUUCAUGCCAAAAAUCCCGUUUUUUGUCCCUCAAAGUUGCUUCGAAUACCGUAACCCAAGUUUCCCAGCCCCCAAAUUAUCAUCGGAUUCUUUUUUUAAACCCCGACGCCAAAGUGGUUUUUGUUUUAAAAGGGGUCUAAGUGAAGUCUCGAGAAGUGUUCCGUCCUUCCAUUUGGCCAUGUUUUUUUAUAAAUUUUCUGAUUCCAUUUCGACGGAAAUGGGAUAAUUCAUCUGGAGAAUGGCGCACAAAGACUGAAACCUUUGGAUCCAAUUUUUGACACUUUGCUGUAAAAAAGUGGGGCCGCAAAGUAAAGUUGAAAGGGAUACGGUGGAAGGGAGGGGUGUGGGAAAGUUGGAGGGAAAGUUAAGAGUUGAACAAACAUUGGGGAUGGCUGACACAAGUAAACAUCACACCAAAGACAAAGUUGUCUGCAGGUUGUCAUAACGCAUCUUAAAUUAACAUCAAGUCAAAAAAUAAUUUUUUAAGCACUUCUCAUCUAAAAAUUAUAAUUUUCAGUGCUAGCCCUGCAACAAGACACGAUUCUGCAUUGUCAAACCCCCGGAUGCACUGGAAAAGGUCAUGUCAAUGCCUCAAGAUCUUCUCAUCGCUCUCUAAGUGGCUGUCCCAUUGCUCAUCAGCAAAAGUUGGCGAGAAAAAAUGUAAAAUUAUCGGAUCCCCGAAGCCCCAAUUCGAGAAAUUCCUCAAUGCAUUCAAGAGGAGCUACUCCAAUUUCCAAUGAAGCCUCGAGCCCCAGUCCCUCGGAUUCCGCGGGCUUGGCCAGAUUGCUUGGACACUUCGACGAGACCCCGCUGGAUUUGAGUCUGAAGGUCAAGGAUGAUGCUAGGUAAAUUUAUCAAAACUUUUGCGAAAAGAUGGUUUUCAUUAACACCAAACACGAAGUAAAUGUUCCAAAUCUUGAUUUUUUCAGCAACUCCGACAACGAGAACAAGGCUGUUUCGAUCCUGGACUUCCUCCAAAGCCACAAGAACAACAUGGAAGCCGAGAAAGCGAGAUUGUCCUGGCCAGUGUCCACAGAAUCCCCGAUUCAGAAACUUUUGGAACAAACGAACGGAAGGAAUCCUGUUCAAGGUAAUUUUUGUUUCUGAAAAAUUUUCACUAUGCAAGAUUAAGCCCGUAUUUUACAAGAGAAGCCCUUCUGAUUGGAACUCCGCUGUUAUUUUUAUUUUUCAUAGGAAUGGAAAUAGCCACAAAUCAAUCCCUUGAAGCGUUUUUGAUUUUUUUUUUGAAUUUUUGAACUCAAGGAACUGCUCAUAGUGAAUCCCGAAAUGAUUUUUAAGAUGAUGUUUUAGAUUUGAGGCAACUUUGUUCAGUUUUUAUUCGCCUAACAGACUUUGUUUGUCAGAAAAUAAAAUUUCUUUUGUCAUUUUUUCAUUUUUGAUCCUUUUUUGUAAAAUACUCUGCUUCUUUCAUUCGCCUUUAUCAUUCCAAGACUAAACUGCUUUUUUGAUAUUCCAUUUUCCCCUUAACCUUUAAAAUUUCAGAAUACCUCGCCCUCCUAUCCUCUGGUAUGAUGAACAACUUCGCCCUGCAAAACCCGGCCCUCCAGCCCAACUUCCUCUUCCCGAAUCCAUUUCUGGCCGCGCUGAAUGGCCAGUUAGCCAGUUCGGAGAAGAAAUUGCAGCUGAACCAGGUGUUCCAGUUCCAGUCCAGUCCAGCCAACCAGUCCACUUGA